CAAGUACGAUACAUGAUAAAAAAAAAAUAAAUUAUAGAAGAUGAUAGAGAAAAUGAAGAGAGAAAUGAUAAAAAAACAGAAAUAAGCAACCGUGAGAGAAUGCAGAAAGUGCAGCGAAGAAAAAAACGAUUCGUAAAGAGAUCUACACGUCGGUGUCGCAGUGCAGUGCCGCGAUGCCCGUUACUUCCGCUCGGUGCCGCGUGGUAGCGCUAAAUUUGCUAUCUGACUGCACAUUUUCUUUGUGCAACGUGAGGUUUGCGUACAUGAGGGAAAUUCAAAACAAAGACGAGUACUCCCCACGUGACACGAGCAUCGAGCGACUGCACUCACGUGUAUUAUCAGACCGGCGUUAGGGGUUAGGAUGAGAGUGGUGUCAAAUUUACGUUUAUCGGUGUUCUAUCGUUGUCUCAUGGUCGAAGUAACGUCAUCCCGAAAGUGUAGUGACGCGCAAAAUUCGCGGAUUCCUUCGCGAUACGUCAGAGCAACGGAUGUCAAUUUGUUGGAGCGAGGUGAUAGACGGCAAGUGCAGAAUGAGUGACACGACGAAGCCUGCAGGAAUCGACGAUUCCAACACAACAGUCAAGAAUUUGCUGACAUCUGACGACACCGAGAACGAAUCCGACGAAUUGUUUUCAGAUGACGAUCAAAAGAAAGAGAUCAAGUGUAGUUCUGAUGUUGCCCGGGACGUUUCAGUUUUGAGUCGGUCCGAGACACCUUUAUCUUUUGGUGACUCAAAUUUGAGCACAAUAAAUCCAAGUGAUGCUGUAGUCCCAUCCACGCCACUGAGUCUGUUACCAUUUUUAAAUAAAAUUAAUGAACAGUGGACUAGUGAUUUAGAGACGCCGCAAGCUCAGCCUUGCAAUGCGAAAGCAGCAAUGAACACAGAUAAAAUAGAGGUAACACCUAAGUGUGAACAGUUCACACCUGAUGUUAAAAGUGUGGAUAGAAUCAUUUCUGAGUCUCCUGUUAUUGUCUCCAGGGCAGCACGUAAGCGGCCUAAGCGUCGUCGUAUAUUUAGAUCUUCCACAUCCAUAGAUCCAAUGGCUGUGACAAACAAUGAAGAUGUGAUUGUAGAUGUAAAACUAGAAGCAACCCUUACAUCUGAAAAUACCACUUCCAUAAUGCGAGAUGACACUCUAAAUGCUGCAGCAUCCAUUUCAUCCGCUGAUAAUGUUCCUAAAGAUUGUGAGUCGAAAGUUUGUAACAGAAUUCAAGAAACAUGUUCUAGUGAAGAAUUAGAAAAAAAGAAUACCGAUUAUUCAAAUACAUCUACGCAAGACUUUUUCAUCAAUGCUUCAUUUAGUGAUGUAGAUAAGAUAUGCUCCAACAGUUUUAAUAAACAACCGACAAACGAGAUUAUUGAGAGUGAGAGAAAUGUUGAAGUCAAUGAAAAUGUAGGCUUUUUUACUGCUCGUGGUGCUUCAAUUAAUGUCUCGACGAAGGCGUUGUCCAAAGCGAAGCGACUGUUCGCAGACACCUUUGAUGCGGAUGAAGUGCAAGCGGAGAAUUAUGAACCAUCCGCUAAGAAGAAUUCUAUUGAACAGAAAGAUAAACAUUUGCCAUCCCCUUCAUUCGUUGAUAGCGCUUCCAUUAGCAUCGCGAAAAAGGUUUUACCCAAACCUAAGCUACAAUUUACGGAACAGUUGAAGGAUUCCAAUAAAAUGUAUACUACAGAUUCUAGAAAGCGAUUCGUAAAUAAAAGUCCUGUUGAAGAUGCGAUUCCUAUUUUAUUCUCAACUGCAAGUGGUGCUCCCAUCAAUAUUUCGAAAGAAGCAUUAUCCAAAGCGAAGACUUUAUUAGCAGAUGGAUCAAACGAGAAUAAUGAUGAUGAUCAUAAUGUAUUGAUAAAACAUUGUGAAAAAUCAUUGUCCACAGAUAGAAAUUCCAUGAAGCAAAGUAGCAUAGCUCUGCCAUUUUCCACAAUUGAUAACAGAUCAAUUAGUGUUUCGAAACAAUCAUUGACCAAACCACGAAUGAUAUUUACGGAACACUUGGACACUGCCGUUGAACUAAUCAUUUCUAAUAAAGUCGAUAAUUCUGAUAACGACCAAUGCAAUGUGAAAGCUUCAAAUAUUGGAUUUCAAACUGCUAGUGGUAAAGCUAUCAGUAUUUCUGAGCAAGCAUUAUCUAAAGCAAAAGCACUAUUUGCAGAACAAUUGGAUAAUCCAUUAGAAUCGGAUGUUACAAAGGAAAUCGGUAGCGAUGCUGGUGAAUUAAAAAGACAAGAAGCAGAAGUUUCAGAAAUUGGAUUCCAAACCGCUCGUGGUAAACCUAUCAAUAUUUCUGAGCAGGCAUUGUCUAAAGCAAAAGCAUUAUGUGCAGAGCUAUUGAAUGAUCCAUUAGAAUCGGACAUUGCAAAGGAUAUCAAUGUUCAUAACAAAAAAAUGAAAAAAUUAGAAGAAAAACUUUUAAAUAUUGAGUUUCAAACAAUUCGCGAUAGAUCCGUUAAUAUUUCCGAAGAAGUGUCGAAAAGAAAAUCAUUUACAGGACGAUUGGAGGAGACAUUACAACCGAUUAUUACAAAGAAAGCUGAAGUUAAUGAUGAAGUAGAGAACAAGCAAGAAGUACAAGUCCCAAACAUCGAAUUGCACACUACAUCCAUCUCAGAAAAGACAUUGUCCAAAUCAAAAGCAUUAUUUGCCGAUCAAUUCGAUCAUCCUUCGACAAUAGACAUCUCAGAAAACGUUCAUGAUGAGAAGAUAAAAAAAUGUGAUGGAAAACUUGCAAGCAUUGGAUUCCAAACUGCUCGUGGUACAUCCAUCAGUAUCUCAGAAGAAGCAUUAUCCAGGGCAAAAGCGUUAUUUGCCGAUCAAUUCGGCAAUCCUUCGGAAAUUGAUAUUGCAGAGAACGUUAAUCGUGAUGAUGAAGAGAUAAAGAAACGUAAUGUAAAAGUUUCGUACGAUGAAUAUCGAAUUGCCAACUAUCAACGAAUAACAGUUGCGAAUAAAGCUCCAUUAAAGGCGCAAGAAUUAAUCUCUAACGACUGUGUGGAUGAGAGUACUCCAGACAACGCGCUUGCAGCAUUUCAAAAACGCAAACUAAGCUCAGACGAGAACACGCCGCUGAGCAGGGGUCCCGUGUCCGAGUUGAAGAAAGCUCGCCUCAGCAACGAGUUCCUAGCUCGAAGAUUAUCUUUCGAAAACGUUGACACGGACAACGAGGAGAGGAGUAAACCAAAAGAUACAUGCGCUACGAGCAAAAUUACGAACAACGAAACUACAGACGACGAAUGUAUCAAAAAAGUUCAAGCAUCUUGCACUGCCGAUUUAUCGAAUGAAAUAGCGAGCACUAUCAAGCUUUGCCCGGAUGGGAGAGAACAAAUAGGUUCCAUUACGGAUUUUGACUUAGGCUCGCCUGAAAGAGGUACUGAACAGUCAACCGAAUUGGAUACAGCGAGCAGUCCUGUUAUAGGAAGGCAGCCCAUCUCGAGAAAGCGAAAGAGUUUAGGACGCCGAAAGGAUCGACGAAGCGUACCAGCAGACAAGAUGAUGCUAAACGACGAGAAUGUAUCGUCACGAGGAAACAUCCUGCCAGGAAAUGCACCUUGCAAAGAAAAGGCCGACGUGAACGAAUCAAACGCUGAAACGCAGAAGGAGAGGCAGAGUAACACCGAGUCGAGUGAUUACGGUGACACUCAGAUGAUGAUGGAUUUCAUCGACGAAUCGGCGAAGAUCCUGCGGAAUCGUCUGGCAGCCGCGUUGGAACAGGAAGAGGUCAUCACCGCCAAAAGGAGGUGUGGCUCGAAGAGGCAGUUGACCGGUCAUCUAUAUCGCUGUAAGCAGACCGAUGCUAACGCCCGUUUGUCAUUGAGGCAGAUCGCCAACGGCGCACCACCCACGCCGCGUUCGCAUCAGGAGCUCAUCGAUCAGCGAAUACCGCCGAAUAUCCUGGCGAUCACCGCCGCGACGGCCGCGUCGUACAAGUUUCGAUGCUCCGACUUUUACGGUAGCGACGUGGCGCGAGGUAACGUUCGCGGAAUAGGAAUGGAGGACGGCGUGCGCCUAAUCCUCGAUGAAAACGGGUACGUGGGAGUCUGGGAGUUCCUCCGUGCCUUUCUUGCCAGUCCGGGCGUAGAUCCUAAUCUCGUUCCCGCGCGCUGGGUCGACAAUCAUUACCGCUGGAUCGUGUGGAAGCUGGCGUCGAUGGAUAGAAUGAAAUUCGGCACGGUCGAAUUACCCAGAGCUUUAACACCUUCAUAUGUAAUGGCGCAAUUAAAGUAUCGGUAUGAUCGGGAGAUUGAUCGGUCUCAGCGACCAGCGAUAAGGCGUAUCUUGGAGAAGGAUGACGUCGCGUCCAAGAGGAUGAUCCUAUGCGUAUCAUCUAUUGUCGAAAACAGCAACGUAAGUACAGAAGUAGGAAAGAGUCCGCGCAUAGGCGCACCGAAGUGGAAGAUAGAAUUAACCGAUGGCUGGUACGGUAUACCCGCCUGUAUCGAUGCAGGUUUGGCGAGAGCCAUAUCGAUGGGCAAAAUAAGAGAGGGCGCAAAAUUAGUAGUGUCCGGCGCGGAAUUGCUAAACUGCGAUCAAGGUUGCUAUCCACUGGAGGCACCCGCUGACGUGUGCUUGAAAUUGCACGCGAAUUCAGCCAGACGUGCACGAUGGGACACGAAAUUGGGAUACGCGCCGCGUUCGGGACCGAUACCCAUCAAGUUACGCAACGUGUGCGCGAGCGGCGGUCUAAUCGGCAAAAUGACGAUUACCGUCGCCAGAGUGUAUCCGAUGUUGUAUCACGAGAGAACCGCAUCCGGGGAUUCAAUUGUCAGAAACGUCAAAUGCGAGGAGAAAGCGCAAAGCAAGUACGAACAGCAAUGCUGGUCCAAGAUAGAGGCAUUCUACGCUAACGCGGAGGACUUUCAAGGUGACGAUCUUUCCGGCAAAACGGCCGGUAUGACGAUUCAAUUGAGCGAAGAUUACGAGAGCUUAUCCACGGAGGAAUUUGUCCCGAAAAAACAACGUGACGAGUUAAUGCAAGAGUUACGCCUGAGGGAGGAAAAAUUCAAGCAGGAAUUGCAAUCGAAAUUACGCGCGAGUCUACCAGCGCCGCGACGAGUCUCCACGUUGCUCAAAGUUCGCGUGUGCGACGAGGACGCGAACGCUAUCCUCGCGAUCUGGUCGCCCAGCGAGGAAGUCGUCGAUGUGCUCAAGGAAGGCGGCCGCGUCUCGCUUAGCAACGUCGUCGCUGCCGGAAAGAGGUAUCGCUCUUGUGAAAGGGAAGUAGCCGCAUCGCACGGAUAUGGUAUUACGUAUAAUGAGUUUUACGAGCAUGCAACAAGCGUACAAUUGUUCGACAGGGGGUGCGAACUGCAGCUGACCGCGCGCCGGUCCGCGAUUUUCAAACCGGCAAGGUGCAAUGCGUCUUAUCCUGCCAGAGUGUGCACGCCGUUUUGCGAGAUAACGAAUUCCAAGUUCGCUCCGCCUUAUGGGGAAUUCGAUACGGUCGGGUUUGUCUGCUCCGUCGGUCCUGCCCCUUACGGCAUGAAGGAUUUCGAAGUUGUACAUUUAGCGUAUUCGGAAGCCGAUUCGAAUGAUCCUUUGUAUCUCUCGAUAUUGUUUUGGCAAGGAAUAGCCAGUUUUGGCUACGCGGAGAUUCUUACUGUCGGAUCCAUCGUAGCGUGCAGUAAUCUAGAAUGGCGCAGGGCAACUCCGUGGAACAUACCGGCGGCAUAUUGCACGGACAGGAGUACUUUUACAUGCAAUCCUCGCCAGAAUUAUUUGUACGAACCCUUUGAAAAUUUGCGAAAUCUGAUCACGGAACCUGCCAAGUACGUUGAGAGAUGUACUUCUAAACUUAAUGCAGAAUUGCAAAAGAAGCCGACGCCGACGCGUUACGCGCCCGGUAAAAAUACUCCGAAUAAAAUAUACAGUUCGGGGUCAAGCGUCGACCGAAAAGCAUUCAGCGACUAUACGUCGCCGCUGUCAAGAUUGGGAACUAGCAGUAGCUUGAGUUUUACUGCAGCUAAUCCCUCGAUUCAAAGACGACUUAAAAAACUCCAAUAUUAUGGUGACGCGCCCGAAUUAUCUCCGAUUGUACUAAGGCAAUCCAAGAACCUCUCUUUGGACUUUAAAUCGCCCAUUCGUAUUCCGGACGCGAUCUCGACGAAAGACACGCCAAGUACUGAUGAAUUGAACAAUUCAAGUUCGUCCGAUGCGCCACAGAAAUAAUGCAUCAUGGAAAGAUACCUUCAUAAGUGCCUUAAAGAAACAGUGUAUAUUUGUUCAAAGUUAUUAACAAGUUUUUAAUUAUAAUAAACUAUUUUCGUUUAUUUAUUUAA